ACGUAGAUAGGACCAAGGAAACACAGCCUGUGUCAGAAGAUAAUGGGCCCACCAUACCACACAGGCCGAGCCAUAUGCAGUACAGUUAUUCAGCUUAACGGAGGAGACACUGCUGCUUACAGUUUCAAGGAUAAUUUCACAGGGCCAUGGAGGAGAAGAUGCCGCCAACGGGAGUGUCUCAUUUUGUGGGGAAGAAAGAAGAACUGAUUAAAGCAAAGCGCUCUUGCAGAACACUAGAGGGUCGGGACAUACUGAUCAUCCACCACCAGAGCGUCUUCUAUGCUGUUGACUCGUACUGCUAUCAUGCUGGGGGACAACUGGAGAAUGGAGACAUUGAGGAAAUUGCUGGCAAGCUGUGCAUAAUUUGUCCGAACCACAAGUACAAGAUCUCUCUUGCAGAAGGGGUGGGCCUGUACAAGGCCAGUGACCCCGCGGAAAAACCGCCUGUGAGCAGAUGGUACUCCAAAGGCGUGAAGCAGCGGAUCCACGCGGUCACUGAGCGCAACGGGGAUGUCUAUGUCAUGCUCUCACAGGACUCAAAGUGGAUCGAGUCAGACUUCUACCAGGGAGAGAAGGGCAAGGUGGAAAGAACCAAAGCCGCAGCAGCCGAGAAGAAAGCCUAACAGUUGAACCGGUGUGGAGAAAAUUGAAUUGCGACGCUGUCUUGAGUGGAAAAGAGCUUCUCAAAACAAUCACGCAGUUGUAAACAAAUGUUUUUUAUGGGAUUAUUUAGAUCUCUGAUUGUCUGUUCCUGAAUUGGGUAGUGGCAUGAGGUAGCUGAAUGCAAAUCCAUACACAAGUAUCCCUCUGCAUUUACAUUUUCAUAAUUUAUUAUGCAUACAGUGAAUAAAUUAAGAUUUUUUUUUAAAAGGGUGCAAACUGAUUGAUCACGUCCCAAAGUGGAAAACUGUUAAAAUAAAAAGAUCCUACCUCACUAACAAA